AUGGGUAACAUUUUAGGAUCAAGAAAAAAAUUACCAAAAGAAGAUUUAGAAUUUUUAAGAACGAAUACAAAUUUUACAAAAAAACAAAUUAAACAAUGGUAUCGUGGAUUUAUAAGAGAUUGUCCUUCUGGUCAAUUAAGUAAAAAGAAAUUUAUUGAAGUGUAUUCUGGAUUUUUCCCUGAUGGUGAUGCUGAAGAAUUUUGUACACAUGUAUUUCGAACAUUCGAUAAAGACAAUUCUGGAAAAAUUGAUUUUAAAGAAUUUCUAUUAGCAAUUAAUAUUACAUCAGGUGGUAAACCAGAAGAGAAACUUGAAUGGGCAUUUCAAAUGUAUGAUAUUAAUGGUAAUGGAACUAUUGAAAAGCAUGAAAUGGUUGAAAUUAUCAAAACAUUUUCACAGGUUACUAAAGCUAACCAGUACAAAACGAUAUCUGUAGACAAGCAAACACAGAAACGUGACGUUAAUUCGUUUAAAAAAAUCUUUAGAUUUAUUAGCUAUUUGAUACUGAUAACAAAGUAUAAUGUCAUUCCAACAUCUUGUCAAUAUGAUUCUGUAUUGUCUGUUAUGAAGUAUUAACACAUUGUUAGCUAUUAACAGUCUAUUUACUCUAUGAUUGGCUAUUAUGCAUGUAUGCUCAUAUUUCCAAAAUAUGAG